GGCCUGCCCCCACCGGCAGCAGGAGGCUACCCGAGCCUUUCCUCAGCCCGAACCCUACCCGUCUACGGGGCCGACCGCAGAGCGCCGUCCCGGCGGCCGCGGGGAGAGCUCAGGCCCGGGCAGAGCCGCGACCAACGCGCCAUCCGCGCCCCCGCGUCCGCGCUCUCGCCAGGUGCUCGCGCCCAUGGCCGUGCGGCCCGGCAACAGGCGGCUGUGUACAUGAGCUCAGAAUGAUACGAUGGAAAACGGGGGCUACCCCCUGCUGCCGGAUACCAUUCUCCUUGAAGUGUUCCAGAAUCUGGAACACCAGGAUGUCCUUGCGGCUGGCAGCACGUGCAGGCAAUGGUACGGAGUGUCCCGUGAUGAUUUUCUGUGGAGGGAUCUCUUUUAUCGCUAUUACAAUGUGAAUCGGUCAAUCCCUCGACAUCCAGCUGCUACUUCAUGGCUGGGUGAGUUCCGUAGGCUGUAUGAUACAAUUCCCUGUGUGCAGGUGGCAACUCUGAAGGAACAUCGAGACCAAGUCUUGCAUGUCAGCUUUUCUCACAAUGGCUACUUAUUUGGCUCUUGCUCCAAGGACUGUUUUGUCAAGGUUUGGAACAAUGACCUGGAGAUAUCGGUGUUACAUAGUGCUAAUAUGCGCCCUUACAAUUGGAGCUACACCCAGUUCUCCCAAUUCAAUGCUGAAGACACCCUUCUCCUUGUCUCUGGAGUCUAUAUUGGGCCUCACAGUUCAUCCUCUGGUGAAAUCGCAGUCUUCAAUCUAGAUGACUUCACGUUGCUGUCCCGAGUGAGGAAUAAACCCUAUGAUGUCUUUGGUUGUUGGUUAAAUGAAACACAUUUAAUCUCUGGGAACCUGCACUGGAUUGGGAAUAUGACAUCUUGUUCGGUGCUCUGGUUAAACAAAGCCUAUCAGGAUAUUGAAUCGGAAAAUAUAAACGUGGUGAAGAGACUGUUUCAGCUGCAGAACCGGAACGCCAGCACCAUUCGCACGGUGAUGGUAGCAGACUGCAGCAGACAUAACACUCCGGAUCUUCUGCUGGGCUUCGAGGAGCAGGGGCUCAGUUCAUCACCUCAGGUGUUUUACCUGGGUAGCGACAGCGAGGACGAAUGUUACAACAAGCCGAAGCACAGCAACGAGAGUGCGAGUGAGCUGGAGGCUGGUGUGCAGGACAGUGCAGAGAUAGAGGCAGGCGCGGACACUAUAGGGCUCCAGCCUCUGUUAGAUGAGAAGCAGUUGGAGGCACGAGUGGCAGAUCUUUUUCUACAGGCCAAGACAAAGCCUGCAGACAUGGACAUCCUGUCAGAGUGUCAGGAAACUCAAAACAAGAAGUACUUGAUCUUCACCACAGGAAGCCUUACCUACACUCCCCACCAGAUAGGUAUUAAGCAAAUACUGCCUCAUCACAUGACAACAACUGGUCCAGUACUGGGGGAAGAACGGAGUUCUAACGAGUUCUUUGAUCCUUUGGACUAUACGAUUGAUGUCCAUGGUCACAUCAUUGGAAUGGGUCUGUCUCCAGACCACAGGUAUUUGUAUGUGAACAGUCGUGCCUGGCCCAAAGGCUGUGUCAUCAGUGAUCCCAUGAACCCUCCGCCCAUUGCUGAGGAAAUUGAUAUCCACGUAUUUGACUUGAAGACAAUGCAGGAAGUAACACAGACCCUGCGGGCACACACUGCUUACACUCCCAAUGACGAGUGUUUCUUCAUCUUCUUGGAUGUCAGCAGGGAUUAUGUUGCCAGUGGUGCUGAGGACCGACAUGGCUACAUCUGGGAUAGGCACUACAACAUCUGCCUUGCAAAGCUACAGCACGAGGAUGUGGUGAAUUCUGUGGCCUUCAGCCCAGUGGACCAAGAAAUGUUGAUCACAGCCAGUGAUGACUGCACUUUGAAGGUUUGGCGUUCACCACGCAUCAUGCGUAUCAUCAGCACCAAGCCCAACCGCAAGAAAUUCUCCUUCUUCUGGCUCAAUAAGAAGUGACUGAGUCAUGGGUCAGGAACAUGGGUUGAGAGGUUACUCUGGGUACCUGUAGCUAAUACUACUGUACUCGUCCAGAUGACUUCAAACUUUCAGGAAAGUGGUUACAGAGGAGAGAACAUCAAAAUUCAUUUGAUUUUCUGAAUUGUGCUCCAAGUCCCUCAAACAUGCAGGUGUGAUACUAGUCAGUCCACGUUGAAUGAAUCUGAAGGUAAAUGCUUCUAACCAACUACAGCUGGACAUUGACUUAAUUUGCAUGUCUUCUCAAAUCAGCAAGUACUGCUUGCCAGCUGUUCAUCCCAAAUUGGUGCCACAUGGCUCAACAGUUCAGUUCAGCUGAGGUUUCCACUCCCACUGCAGCCUUACACAUGGAGCCUACAGCUAAGUUAACUUGGUACGGUGUAAAGAAUAACUGAAAACACUUGACUCUCCAGGUUGAAACUCUGUAUUUAAAACUGGGCUUGCUUUCUGGGUAUUGUAAUCCUAUUCUAAAAUGUACAGUUGUUGGUUCAUUCUAAUUUCAGAAUGUUCUGUAGACAAUAAAUGGAUUCACAAAGUUUCACUGUUCAAUGCAAUAGUUCACAAUAGUUAAGAUGUUGUACUGCUGUCAGAGGUAGCUCUACAACAGUACACACUAAGCACUGCAGCACAUACAAAAUACUGGAGGAACUCAGCAAGUUGGGUAUCAUCUGUUGAGCAGAAUAACUUGUCCGUUACCUCCCUCUGGUUCCCUUCCUCCUUUGGUCUAAUGUUCCCUAUUAGAUUCCUCCUUCAGUACUUUACCUCCUCUGCCUAUCUCCCCUCCCCCCCCACCCCCCAACCUCCUUAUUCUGGCUUCUGCUCCCUUUUCCAGGUCUUGGACUGAAAUAUCAACUGUUUAUUCCCAUCCAUGGAUGCUGCCUGACUUGCUGAAUACCUCCAGUAUUUUGUGUGGAGCUCUGGAUCUCUUGUUUAAAAUAGUGGCAUGCAAAAGUUUGGGCAUCCCUGGUCAAAAUUUCUUUGACUGUGAAUAGCUAAGCGAGUAAAAGAUGAACUGAUUUCCAAAAGGCAUAAAGUUAAAGAUGACGCAUUUCUUUAAUAUUUUUAAGCAAGAAAACUUUUAUUUCCAUCUCUUACAGUUUCAAAAUAACAAAAAAGGAAAAGGGCCUGAAGCAAAAGUUU